AACAAAUUGCAAACAAAAUAAACAAAUAAUUGCUUUAAAAAACUCAUUGAAAAAAAUGUUUUAAUUAAUUAAUUUGUUAAUCAGUUUUGUGUCGACCAAAACAAAUACGAUUAUAAUUAGUGUAAUAAUUAACCAUAAAUUAUAAGCAAUUAAAUAAUUAGUGAACUAUUUGUGGCACCAAUAAAAUGGACAAACAUUUAGGCAAUGGUUUGACUGAAAACAACAUUUUAGACAAUUUUACAAAUGUUUUCACUGAAUACCAAAUGAUGAGAGAAUUUGUUUUGUACCGCAACCAAAACAUGUGUCACAUAUAUGUGGUUCCGUCCCAUUCCUCCACAUUUGUAUGGUUUGGAGUGAUGUUUGUCCACAAAGGCCUAUACCGUGGGAUUGUAUUGCGAUUUCAUGUCCUCAUCCCUAACGCCUUCCCGACCACCGAAAUACCGAAGAUAGUGUUUGACGCGAUUCCUUUCCAUCCGCUGAUCAAUCCAUUGAGUGGUGAACUGAACACAAGUCUGGCGUUCACUGAAUGGAAGUCUUCGGUGAACAACGUUUGGGAAGUGAUUGAUUACGCGAAUCGAGUGUUCAAUUGUUUUGAUUUAACCGAUUGUCUGCCAAACGAGUCAUUACUAUCGUGUGAUAUGUUUAACACACAAGCAGUGGAUUUGUACAGAGAAAACAUGGAUGGCUUUCGGCUCAAAGUGACACAAACUAUACGACAAUGCAAUCAAAAGAUUAAUGAAUACAAUACCGACGACUCGAAUGCCAUUAUUUUCGGUCCAUUUGAUGCCGACAUUCAUCAGGAAUUGCAGCGCAAACUCUUGUCCGGCGUUAAUGUUCACGAAGAGAGCCAAUUGGCUGAUCCGACCCACCCGUCCGUUACCGGUCUGUCUUGGGUUCAAAGCGGAUCCACACAAAUGUUUUCCAAAUCUGGCGCUUAAAUGGCAUCCGAUUUGGAAUCCAUUGAAAACAAUGAGAUUUACAAUUAUUUAUGUUUUAAAUGAAACUAUUAUUACAGAAAAAUGUUUAUAAUUUAUGUUUUUAUGCAAAGUAUUUAUUGAUAAAACAUUUAUACAAAUUAAAUAUUGAAAAUUUACAUUUUAAUGGAUUAACUAUUGAUGCAAUAAAGUAUUGAAUUUAUUAA